AUGAAUGCAUCCGGCCUCAGCCUGGAAGGAUUUAGGGUGGAGAGCUGGAACAAGCAGGACCAGAAGCUGCUGGAAGCGGUGGAGAAGGGGGACGUGGGCAGGGUGGCCGCCCUCGCCGCCCGCAAAACCGCCCGCCCCGCCAAGCUCAACGCCCUGGGACAGUCCGCCUUCCACCUGGCCGCGUCCAGGGGUCUCACCGAGUGCCUGACGCUGCUGCUGGCCCGAGGGGCCCCCGUUAACGAGAAGAACGAUGACGGCAGCACCGCUCUGCAUCUGGCCACCAUCGCCUGCCAGCCCCAGUGCGUCAAGGUCCUGCUGCAGUACGGUGCCAACGAGGGCCACGUGGACGGGCAGAACCGGACCCCCCUGCACUGGGCUGGUGAGUGCUGGGGACCCCAAACCGGGCUGGGAUGGGGGGGGGAUGAAGGCUCCUAUGGGGAGGGGGGGCCCAUCUGA